AUGGGUCGCACAAAAGCUCGGCAGACCUCUCAAGACAGCGCGCGCGACGCUGUCGACGCCGCUGCGCGGCGCGCCCAUGACUUUCACCUCGCGUUCAAUGGAUGCGAGGACGCGUACAUACACCACGCGCUCGUCACGGCGGCUUUGUCGCCGAGGGACUUCGUCCUCUGCCUUGGGACCUCGCACUUCUUCAGGGAGGCAGUGCUCACGGACGCGCACAUCGUGGAGAAUCUCAUAGUCUUCGCGCCGUUCAAGCUCGCCUCUCUCCUCGCUGGCACCUCGCGGGCGAGCGGCCAGCCAGUAAAGGGGGCUGCCUUCAUGGAGCAGGUGCUGUACGCCUUGAGGUACUUCAUGGUGCUACUGUCCGCGCCGCCGCUCUUCCCGGGCAGCAGACUCGUGGACAACGCCGCCGCCGACAACACCUAUUGGCUCAAAACCCUUCUGCCACAACGAAUGAUCAACUACUUGAUGCGCGCAAAGUCGUGGCGUCUGCUACAGCUGGAUGCGCUGGGCGCCGAGCAUUCCGAGGCGCACCGGCGGGAGCGGCGCCGCACCAUCGUCCGGCGCUGGAGCGAGCUGCGCUGGGAGGCCCUGUCGUGGAUGACGAGCCUCUACGUGUCCGGUGCCCUGCUCCACGUCCUGGCCAGCUCCCUCACCCUCCCUCAGCACCUGGCGGACUUCAGCAUGUCUACAUCCCCCACCAAGUUCGACGAUUCCAAGGGAGACAGGGAGCGGCUGGUCUUGGCCUACACCUACAUAAACAAGGCGUGCGCCGCCUUCAUCGCGCUCGCUUCCGUCGGGAUCUGCUUGCUGUAUAGCUGGCUGACACCCUUCCGUCGGGAACGAAGACCCGUCCUCCUCGCGACGUGGGUUGUGGGGCAGAGUAUGAUAGCGGCCCCGGUGGCCGUCUUCGCGGUUUCGAUUGCUCCCUGGUAG